AUGAAAGGACAAGUAGAGGUAGCAGGUCUCGAUAAGUCGUUUGGUACGACGGUUUCAGAGGAUUCGGCCGCCGGGGGGUCGUGUUCGCCGAAACCGGUUCAAGCAGUGCAAGCGAAACAGGCAGCCGCAGCGCCGGCAGCAUCAGCUCCAUCAACUGGAGCGUCAGACCUGAACGAGCAGAUCACCAAGCAAGGUGACUUGGUCAGACAAUUGAAAUCCGCCAAAGCUGAGAAGGCAAAGAUUGACGAGGCUGUAAAGAGUUUAUUGGAGCUAAAAUCUAAAUAUAAGGCCGCUACUGGACAGGAUUGGAAGCCAGGUGCAGCGCCGGCUCCUACAGCAGUAUCAACUCCUUCAGGUGACGCAAUUUUAGACCAAGACAUCACCAAGCAAGGUGAUUUAGUUCGCCAGUUGAAAGCAGCCAAGGCUGAGAAAUCAAAGAUUGAUGAAGCAGUGAAAACUUUAUUAGAACUGAAGGCCAAAUAUAAGGCAGCAACAGGAAAGGAUUGGAAACCCACUUCGUCUUCAUCGGCGGCUGCUCCUGCUCCUUCAUCACAACCGUCUGCUGACUCGUCUACCCUGAACCAAGACAUCACGAAGCAAGGUGAUCUCGUCCGUCAGCUCAAGGCUGCCAAAGCUGAUAAGGCUAAAGUAGAUGAAGCUGUGAAGACUCUGUUGGAGCUCAAGGCUAAAUACAAAGCGGCUACUGGACAGGAUUGGAAACCAGCCCCUACCCCCGCUAAGCAAUCUUCGCCUUCACCGCAGAAGCCGACGAAGCAAUCUUCGCCUUCACCACAGAAACCGACGAAGCAAUCUGACGAGAGCCAACUGGUCAAACUCCUGAAGCAAAUAGCGGUACAAGGCGAUAAAGUUAGACGGAUCAAGGCGGAGAAGGCAGAGAAAUCCGUUGUUGAUGUUGAGGUAAAGAACCUUCUGAAUCUGAAGGCACAAUAUAAGGCAAUAGCUGGUACAGACUGGACACCCAACGCCGUUCCUCCUAAAGUCCAGGACCCGGAGCCAGCCAACAUGAACGGUGACGGGGACAAGGUGUCCGCCCUCGGCGCUACCAUCACCAAGCAGGGCGACUUGGUUAGAGAGCUGAAGACCAAAAAGGCCGAUAAGGCCACAAUAGAUGCAGAAGUAAAGAAGCUACUGGAAUUGAAAGCACAAUACCGUACCGAAACUGGUACUGACUUUGCGCCGCCUGUCCAACCGCGUACACCCAAGGACAAAGAGAAGAAAGAAAAGCCUAAAGAAGCCAAGAAAGAAGUGAAGAAGGAGAAGAAAGAGCCUUCACCGAAACCAGCUAAAGAAGAGUCUUCGUCAGGUGUGAAGAAGGUGACUCGGUUAGGGCUGGAAGCGAGCAAGGAAGUCGACCUGUCGGAGUGGUACACACAAGUCAUUACCAAAUCUGAAAUGAUAGAUUACUACGACAUAUCAGGGUGCUACAUCCUCCGUCCGUGGUCGUACAGCAUCUGGGAUAGGAUACGCAAUUUCCUAACUGCUGAAUUCCGCAAGCUGGGCGUCAAAGAUGGAUAUUUCCCUAUCUUCGUAUCGAAGGCGGCGCUAGAGCGGGAGAAAGCGCACAUCGCGGAUUUCGCGCCGGAGGUGGCGUGGGUCACGCACUCGGGCAGCAGCGAGCUGGCCGAGCACAUCGCCGUGCGGCCCACGUCCGAGACCGUCAUGUACCCCGCCUACGCGCGCUGGAUCCAGAGCCACCGCGACCUGCCCUUCAAGCUCAACCAGUGGAACAAUGUCGUCAGGUGGGAGUUUAAGCAACCGCAACCAUUUUUACGUACCCGGGAGUUCCUGUGGCAAGAGGGACACACCGCGUUUAGAUCAAAAGAGGAAGCUGCAGAGGAGGUCCUGCAAAUUUUGGACUUGUACGCGCGGGUAUACGAGGAGCUGAUGGCUGUGCCAGUAGUAAAAGGGCGUAAGACUGAGAAGGAAAAAUUCGCGGGUAGCGACUAUACCACCACGGUCGAAGGUUAUAUACCUGCCAGCGGUAGGGGAAUACAGGGGGCGACAAGCCACCACCUCGGACAAAACUUCUCAAAAAUGUUCGAGAUUGUGUACGACGACCCCGACACACAAGAGAAGAACUUUGUCUAUCAGAAUUCUUGGGGUCUCACCACCAGAACCAUUGGUGUAAUGGUGUUAGUCCACGGAGACGAUAAAGGUCUAGUACUACCUCCCCGACUCGCCGAAAUACAAGCGAUAGUGGUCCCUUGCGGUAUCACUGCAUCAAGUUCCGCAGAAGAACGCAAGAGUCUCAUAGAGUCAUGCAAGGCCCUCGUUAAUGAUCUAAUAGACGCUGGCAUCAGAUCAGAGGGAGAUUACAGGGAUAACUACUCGCCUGGUUGGAAGUUUAACCAUUGGGAGUUAAAGGGAGUGCCGAUCCGUGUGGAGCUAGGGCCCAAAGAUAUCGCUAAAGGCGAGGUCGUGGCUGUUCGUCGUCUGACUGGCGAAAAGCUGACUCUGAAGCGAGCUGACGCUGGCAAGCAACUGGUCGAUCUACUGGAGAAGACUCAUGAUGAAAUGUUUGCUAAAGCUUUGAAAGAGCGGAACGAAAGGACAACAGUUGUAGAUAAGUGGGCAGACUUUACUAGCGCCCUGGACCGUAAACACGUACUAAUGGCGCCCUUCUGUGGAGAGAUAUCCUGCGAAGAUAACAUCAAGAACGAUAGCGCUAAAACUGAUGACGAUCAAACCACUGAUGCCAAAGCUCCAGCAAUGGGUGCCAAGUCUCUUUGCAUACCCUUCGAGCCGCCGCGACAGCUCACCUCCAACGACAAGUGCAUUCACCCCACUUGCUCCAAUAAGCCCAAGUUCAUUACCAUGUUCGGCCGAAGUUAUUAA